AUUUUACCGUUUUACACCAUCUGCGACAAGUUAGGUUAAAAACCUUCCAUGCAAGAUGACCAAAGACCGACUAGCGGCUUUAAAGGCGGCACAAAGCGACGAUGAAGAAGCUGAUGAUGUUGCUGUUAAUGUGGAUAGUAGCGGCUUUAUGGAGCGAUUCUUCGGACAGGUGGAAGAGAUCCGUGGAAUGAUUGAUAAAAUUUCUGAUAAUGUGGAAGAGGUCAAGAAAAAACACAGUGCCAUCUUGUCUGCUCCACAAUCGGAUGACAAAACAAAGGAAGAGCUGGAGGAACUUAUGACAGAUAUCAAGAGAACAGCUAACAAAGUCCGUGGGAAAUUAAAAGUUAUUGAACAAAACAUAGAACAAGAGGAGCAUUCCAACAAAUCAUCUGCAGACCUUAGAAUACGAAAGACACAACACGCCACAUUAUCACGUAAAUUUGUGGAGGUUAUGAACGAUUACAAUUCGUGCCAGAUAGACUACCGUGAGCGAUGCAAAGGACGCAUUCAGAGGCAGCUGGAGAUCACUGGAAGAACUACAACAAACGAGGAGCUAGAAGAUAUGUUAGAAUCAGGGAAUCCAGCAAUAUUUACGCAAGGGAUCAUAAUGGAAACCCAACAAGCAAAACAGACGCUAGCAGACAUAGAAGCACGUCAUAAUGACAUUAUAAAAUUGGAGACAAGUAUACGAGAGCUUCAUGAUAUGUUUAUGGACAUGGCAAUGCUUGUGGAACAACAGGGAGAAAUGAUAGAUCGUAUAGAGUACAACGUGGAACAAGCUGUAGACUAUAUAGAAACGGCCAAGAUGGAUACAAAGAAGGCAGUACGCUACCAAAGUAAAGCUAGGCGGAAAAUGAUAAUGAUCGUAGCUUGUGUUGUAGUUCUUGUGGUCAUAAUUGUCAUCAUAAUAAUUACACAAGUUGCCUAGGAAUGCACCACAUGACCCAACACAACCAUUCUGA